AUGUCCAAGAAGGGCGCGGGCGGCCGAAGCAAGGGGGACAAGGCAGAGGUCCUCGCAGCGCUGCAGGCCGCCAACGAGGAGCUGCGGGCCAAGCUCACCGACAUCCAGAUCGAGCUGCAGCAGGAGAAGAGCAAGGUCAGCCGGGUGGAAAGGGAGAAGAACCAGGAGCUCCGGCAGGUGCGCGAGCACGAGCAGCACAAGAGCGCCGUCCUGCUCACCGAGCUCAAGACCAAGCUGCACGAGGAGAAGAUGAAGGAGCUGCAGGCCGUGCGGGAGGCGCUGCUGCGGCAGCACGAGGCUGAGCUGCUGCGGGUCGUCAAGGUCAAGGACGGCGAGAACCAGCGGCUGCAGGCGCUGCUGCACGCCCUGCGUGACAGCGCCCCCGACAAGGUGCGCACCGUGCUGCUGUCCGAGGCCAAGGAGGAGGCCAGGAAGGGCUUCGAGGUGGAGAAGGUGCGGCUGCAGCAGGAGAUCUCCGAGCUGAAGGGGGCCAAGAAGCAGGUGGAGGAGGCGCUGACGAUGGUCGUCCAGGCUGACAAGGUCAAGGCCGCAGAGAUCAGGAGCGUGUACCACCUGCACCAGGAGGAGAUCUGCCGCAUCAAGAAGGAGUGUGAGCGGGAGGUCCGCCGGCUGAUGGAGGAGAUAAAAUUUAAAGACAGAGCAGUCUUCGUGCUGGAGAGAGAGUUAGGGGUUCAAGCCGGGCAUGCUCAGAGACUGCAGCUCCAAAAAGAGGCUCUAGAUGAGCAGCUGUCCCAGGUCAAAGAGACCGAUCGGCACCUGGGCAGCCCCAGACGGGAACUUCCUCACGCAAGCGGUGCAGGAGACGCCUCAGACCACUCGGGAAGCCCUCAGUUGGAUGAAAAGGAUGCUCGGCGUUUCCAACUUAAGAUUGCGGAGCUGAGCGCGAUCAUCCGGAAACUCGAGGACCGCAAUGCCCUGCUGUCGGAGGAGAGGAACGAGCUGUUAAAGCGUUUAAGGGAAGCUGAAAGUCAGUACAAGCCAUUGCUGGAUAGAAACAAACGCCUUACUCGGAAAAACGAAGAUCUGUCCCACACUUUACGUCGGAUGGAAAACAAGUUAAAAUUUAUCACCCAGGAGAACAUAGAGAUGAGACAGAGAGCUGGCAUCCUAAGGAGACCCAGUUCCUUAAACGACCUGGACCAGAGCCAGGACGAAAGAGACGUUGACUUCCUAAAGCUGCAGAUCCUGGAGCAACAGCACCUCAUAGACGAGCUCUCCAAGACUCUGGAGACUGCCGGCUACGUGAAGAGCAUGUUAGAGCGUGAUAAGCUUUUAAGAUAUCGGCAACAAAGAAAGAAGAUGGCAAAACUCCCCAAGCCGGUUGUCGUGGAGACCUUCUUUGGAUACGACGAAGAGGCUUCCCUGGAAUCUGACGGUUCUUCCAUCUCUUAUCAAACGGACAGGACAGACCAGACCCCGUGCACCCCAGACGACGACCUGGAGGAGGGCAGGGCCAAGGAGGAGACGGAGCUGCGGUUCCGGCAGCUGACCAUGGAGUACCAGGCCCUGCAGCGGGCCUACGCGCUGCUGCAGGAGCAGGUCGGAGGGACGCUGGACGCAGAGCGAGAAGUUAAGACCCGUGAGCAGCUACAGGCGGACGUGCAGAGGGCGCAGACGCGGAUCGAAGACCUGGAGAAGGCCCUGGCGGAGCAGGGGCAGGACACGAAGUGGAUUGAAGAGAAGCAAGCGCUGUAUCGGAGAAAUCAAGAGCUCAUAGAAAAGAUUAAACAAAUGGAGACAGAAGAGGCUCGGUUAAAGCAUGAGGUCCAGGAUGCAAAGGACCAAAACGAGCUGCUGGAGUUCCGGAUCCUGGAGCUAGAGGAGAGGGAGAGGAAGUCGCCGGCCAUCAACUUCCACCACACCCACUUCGUGGGCGGGAAGAGCCCCCUGCAGGCGUACUGCGAGGCUGAAGGCAUGAUGGACAUCCUGGUCUCGGAGCUGAUGAAGAAGCUGGACCUCCUGGGGGACAACGCCAAUCUGACCAAUGCAGAGCAGGUGGUCGUCACACAAGCCGGGACAGUCCUGACCUUGGCCGAAAAGCUCAGGGUCCACCCAGCCCUGACUCCCACGAGGGCUGAGCCCUCCCCUCCUGGAGGAAGAUGGCUCCAGGAGAUCGAAGAGACGGAGUCGGCCCUGCAGCGGAAGAUGGAGGACCUGGAGAGCGAGCAGGAGCUGUUCAGUAAGCAGAAGGGCUACCUGGACGAGGAGCUGGACUUCAGGAAGCAGUCCUUGGACCAGGCUCACAAGCACAUCCUGGAGCUGGAAGCCAUGCUGUACGACGUCCUGCAGCAGGAAGCCGGGGCCAAAGUGGCGGACACGCUGUCGGAGGAGGAGCGCGAGAAGCUCAGGGUGGCGGUGGAGCAGUGGAAGCGCCAGGUCAUGAGCGAGAUGCGCGAGCGGGACGCCCAGAUCCUGCGGGAGCGCAUGGAGCUGCUGCAGCUGGCGCAGCAGAGAAUUAAAGAAUUAGAAGAAAGAAUAGAAGCUCAGAAGAGACAAAUAAAGGAACUGGAGGAAAAGUUUCUAUUUUUGUUCUUAUUUUUCUCCUUAGCUUUCAUUCUGUGGUCAUAG